AUGCCCGUGUCUGCAGUGCCGGUGACCACCGCGCAGAGCAACGCUGGUUCGCAGCUAGCCAGCAAGGCAAUGACGAAGCAGGCUGCAUCUGCAUCGGCAGCGGUGCGCAAGAAGAGCAGCAGCAAGCGGAGCACGCACGAGGCCAUCGACCUGGAGGCAGCCAGCAUCCUCUUCAGCCUCUCGCGUACGGCAUCCACGACCUCGCCCACGUCGCCCGAGGUCAAGACGGAAGCUUCUGACGUCUCACACCCGCUGCCGUGGGCCCACCAGUACAUCCAAUGGCACCAGCCAUGGUGGCACCACAGCACGAGCCAGGACGCAGGGAGCGCCAUUGCCCGCAUUGCGCUGCCGCUGUGCCUGCAGUUUGACAACAGCGGUGCGGCAUCCAUGGUGGGCAGCGAUGACGACGAUGGCGCUUCCCAGCAGCGAUCUUCCCGCGUGAACCGCCUGCUGACUGAGUUUAGCGCGUGCAUGUGGGACUUCUUUGAGCGGAACGACCUCACGUCCGGCACAGGCCUCGCCCUGCUGAACCGAGAUGAGGUGGUCCAGCGACUGAUUGUGCCGGCGACGGUGGUGCUUCAGCUUCAAGCCGCACGGCAACACCAGGCCAGGCAGCGCGUGCCCAGCAGCAGCGGCACUGCUCACCAGCCCAAGCAAGAGGACAGCGCUCACAGCUGCGGCACCCAAGCCGUUGACCACAUCGACGACGACGGCGUGAACGCCGACACGCAGGCGAAGCAGCUGCAGUAUUUUCAGGAGAACCAGCUUUAUGCCAUGUCGCGCUCGCAGUUCCGCACGUUUCUGCGGCAGUUUGACGGCGGGGUGCAGGAGGAGCUGAAGAAGAUGCGACGGCGUGCCGGGCACCGCAUGGCCAAGCGCCGGCAGCGUGCGCGGCAGCGGCGCAAGGAGAGCAACAGUGAGGCCCGGCAACAGGCGGCAGUGCUGCGUGGGCAUCUCAAGGCCGUCAUCAAGCACCUUGAGACUGUGCUUGUGGCCAGCCUUGUUGCUUCCGAUGCGUAG